CACCGCAUUCCAUCACCAUGGCGAGCCGCUCACUCUUGACAAGGGCACUACGCGCCGCGCCGUCGACAAUACGCGCAUCCUUGCCGCGCGAGUUCGCGAGUGUUGCCGGGCCGAGCCGGGUCGCUGUCCUGCCCCGUCUCCGGAUCGCGUAUUACAGCGACGGCGCGCGACCAGCGAACUCGACUGGCGAGGCGGCAGCAGCUCCCGAAGCGCCUGCGCCAGCCACAGAUGCCUCCUCAUCCGACUCUGUGGCCCCAUCACCCGCACCGGAGUCUGCCUCCCCCGAGCCGUGGAUCCGCGCGGGCAUCCCACCAGCCGUGGCGAAGCGUCUCGUCGCGGCCUACCCCUCCGCUGUCGGCCCGACGCCGGCACAGCGCGGCCUCCUGCUCGCCGUGGGGAGGAACACGUCCGACGUCUACCUCCGCGACUACAUGGGCCGUGGCAAGACGUUCGCCGUCGCGCUCGCCGCGCUCUCGAUGGUAUUGGACAGCAAGCGCCAAGCGCUCAUCCUCGUCCCCUCGCCCCACCUCGCGCAGCAGGUUACCGACCUUCUCGAGGCGUUCAGCCCGCGCAAGGGGCUGUACACGCUCAUCGACCCCGAGUGGCUCAACCCCGACUGGGACGCCAAGGUCAUCGUCGCGACGCCGAGCGCGUUCCUGGCCGCCGGGGUGCCCCCAUUGCCGAACCUCACGCACAUCUUCCUCGACGAGCCGGACACGAUGCUCGGCCCGGUGCCGGGGCGGUUCGCGGACGGGCACCGGCUGGCCAAGCACCCGAUCAACGUGCACCCCCCGCCGGUGGUCGAGGUGCUCAACACGCUCCUCGGCAUCAAGGCUACCAGGCGCGGCCGCGCCCCCGCGUGGCUCGACCACUCGGACCGGCGCGAUAUCCGCACGGUCUGGACGAGCGCCACGCUCGGCUCGGACGUGCGGCGGUUCGUCUAUGGCCGCGGGUGGAUCAUGAAGGACGCCGGCGUCGUCGACUUCAACUUUACUGCUGGGGCCACGGAGCGCCAGCGCGCCGUGACCGACUCGCUUGACGCGAUCGCCGACGAGGCGGGCGUCGGCGCGAUCGUCCUCCCGCCCGUCAGCAAGCCAGAGCACUAUGCGUUCGUCGUCGACUCGCUCGGACGGCUCCAUCCCCUCGGGGAGGGCCACCACAGCGGCCCGGAGCCCGAGGCGGCGCCAGCGCCCAAGGGCAAGGGCAAGCCGAACGCGAACGCGAGCGCGAGCGGCAACCUCCACCCGCUGCUGGUUGAAGCGCUCGCGCUGCUCCACGCGACGAGCCCGCCCCCGGAGGGCACGUACGCCGUUGCGCUGCCGCCCGACGGCGCGAGCGGGCGCGAGCUGACCAAGGAGCUGCGCAAGCUCGGGGUAAGCAGCGCCGAGCUGCUCCCCGAGGUGAUUGCGGGCGGUGUGCCGGUGCCGCCGCAGGGCGACGGGGGCGCCGGCGCGCCGAUUUUGAUCUUGCCGCGGCACGCCGUGGCAGGCCUGCACCUCGCCAACCUGCACACCGUAUACCUGCUCAACGGGCUCGACAUGGCGCGGCUGAGCAAGGCGAAGCGCGGGUUCGGGGGCGCGCGCGCGCGCGACACGUUCUACGCGGUGGUUGAGGGCCGGCUGGGCCGCGCGGGCACGCACGUCCCCGAGCGCCCGCAGCGGGUUAUUUCCAUCGUCGAGGCGGGCGGCGAGGAGGAGCGCGGGCUCUCCGAGCUGUUCGAGGGCAAGCUCAAGCAGGAGCGCGAGGCCACGGGGGACUACACCAUCGCCGAGUGGGAGGGGCCGCUGUAAGCUUGAGGAGGAGCACGCACCACUUUGUCAUUGUACAACACCAUAGUCAUCACUCUGCAUUCAAGGUCGUGGAAUUAUAA